CGCCUUUCCCCGUCGAUUCCCCUCCACUUUCUCUCCCCACUUUUCAUUUCCGUUCUCCUCCCCACCCCGCUUUUCAUCAUUCCUGCCAGCCCCUCUUUCUCUCUCUUCUUUCUCUCUCUUCUGUCGUUACCUGUAAAGAUAACCGCAACACCCCUCCUCCUCCUCCUCCUCUUCCUCCUCCUCUCCCCGCCUCCCUCCUCCAACCGCCGCCGCCGCCGCCGCCGCCGCCAUUGCUCCCGCCGCCUCCGCUUCUGGCGGUUCCUCGCGAUCGGCGAUCGCAGUCCCGAGAGAGAGGCGGCGAAUCGGGCUUUCCGGCCCGUGCGCGCGCGCGUCGGGAGCAUGGAGGCCAUCAAGAAGCAGGCCAGCAAGCUGCGGGAGCAAGUCGCCAAGCAGCAGCAGGCAAUAUUGAAACAACUGGGGCACUUUGAUGCUGAUGCACUGAUGGUUGAUGAAGACGAGCUUCAGUGUUACCGGCAACUCCAGAAUCUGUACAAUUCUACCAGGGUAGCCAAGCAUCUACAGAGGAAUAUUGUUCGAGGCGUUGAAGGUUUCAUAUCCAUAAGCUCAAAGCAAAUGGCGAUAGUAAGGAAGUUGGCUGAUGACUGCUGCAAUUAUGGAGUUGAGAACCAGGGCUCUGGUUCUGCUCUUUCGAGAGCUGCUCUAUCAUUUGGUACUUCGCAUAAUUCAAUGGAAAGCGAGCGAGCGAACUUGCUUGGAACCCUAGGUGAUCAGGUUUCCGAGCCUCUACGGGUAGUUAUAAAUGGAGCUCCUUUGGAAGAUGCACGCCACUUAACUCGCCGCUAUGACAAGCUCCGGCAAGAGGUGGAAAACCAGGCAGCUGAAGUUCUGAGAAGGCGAUCAAGAUCUAGAGAUUCGACUCAAUCUGCAGAAAGUACCCUGAAGCUUAAAAGUGCAGAAGCAAGAUUGACUGAACUUAAAUCAGCUAUGAUGGCACUCGGUAGAGAAGCAACUGAUGCUAUGUUAUCAGUUGAAAAUCAACAGCAGCAGAUCACUUUCCAGCGUCUCCUUAAAAUGGUGGAUGUGGAGAGAGACUAUCACCGAAGAGUUGUUGCCAUCUUAGAGAAGUUACAUUCUGAGAUGAUAGAGGAAGAGCAAUCAAGUGAGCCUUCAGUGACAUCAACGACGUUGCAGCGAGAUGGGGAAGUUCCACUUGCUCAUGAGGAUGACAAAUCAAGCAUAUCAGAUGAUCAUGGACACAUUGAUCAGUAUGAGAGCUACUUCAUUGGAAAAGUCAUACACUCAUUUGAUGCUCAAGCAGAUGGAGAGUUGAGUCUAUUUGUUGAUGAUUAUGUCAUUGUCCGGCAGGUCGCUCCCAACGGAUGGUCGGAAGGCGAAUGUAAUGGAAAUGCCGGGUGGUUUCCUUCUGCUUAUGUGGAACGUCAAGAGAAAGCGCCGGCUAAAAAAGUACUGGAAACGACAAGCUCAAGAAUCUGAUGCAAAACAAGAGCUCAAGAAUCUGAUGCAAAACAAUCUUGUGAAAUAGAAUCUGGAGGAAAUUGUUCAUGCCGUUUUACCUUGUAUAAUGUCGUGCCUAAUUAUUGUUGGGUUGAGUUUAGUUGAAUAAAUUGUUAUUUCAUUUUUGUAAAUUAUUUAUUGGUGAAUAAAUUUGUUGCCCUUUUGGUUGUUCUGUCUAUUCGAAUUAUUGAAGGAAAGUAAAUCGCAUCCGAUAAA